AGCUGAGCCAGGCUGACCCCGAGCACGGGAACACCAUGUACGAGCUCAACGAAAGCAGCUUUGACCCCAUCACCUUCGUCCUGACCGGCAUCCCGGGCAUGGAGGAGUCCCACAUCUGGAUCUCGGUGCCCUUCUGCCUGAUGUACCUCACUGCAGUGUUCAGCAACCUGGUCCUUCUCUUCGUCAUCGCCACGGACCGCAGCCUCCAYGAGCCCAUGCACCUCUUUCUCGCCAUGCUGGCCCUCUCCGACCUCCUGCUGUCCACCACCACGGUGCCCAAAAUGCUGGCCAUCUUCUGGUUCAGCGCCAGGGAGAUUUCUUUCGAUGCCUGCGUCACACAGAUGUUCUUCACCCAUUUCAGCUUCAUUGUGGAAUCCUCCGUGCUGCUGGCCAUGGCCUUCGACCGGUACGUGGCCGUGUGCGACCCGCUGCGCUACACGUCCAUCUUAACGCCCUCCGUCAUCGGCAAAAUCGCCGUGACCGCCAUCGCUCGGGGCUUCUGCAUCAUGUUCCCCCCCAUCUUCCUGCUCAAGAGGCUGCCCUACUGCGGGCACAACGUGAUGCCCCACACCUACUGCGAGCACAUGGGCAUYGCCCGCCUGGCCUGCGCCGACAUCAGGGCCAACGUGUGGUACGGGCUGACCACGGCGCUGCUCUCCUCGGGCCUGGACGUGGUGCUCAUCGCCGUGUCCUACGUGCUCAUCCUCAGGGCCGUGUUUCGGCUCCCGUCCCCAGAGGCUCGUCUCAAAACCCUCAGCACCUGUGGCUCCCACCUCUGUGUGAUCCUCAUGUUCUACGUGCCUGCCUUCUUCUCCUUCCUCACACAUCGCUUCGGCCACCACAUCCCGAGUCACGUCCACAUCCUGCUGGCCAACCUCUACGUCGUGGUGCCGCCCAUGCUCAACCCCAUUGUCUACGGGGUGAGGACCAGGCAGAUCCGGGAGCGCGUCCUGCGCCUCCUCUGCCCCUUGGGGGAGUGUCCCUGCCCUGCCUGGGGCGGYGGGUGCUGAGCAGAGGGACGGGGUGAGGGUUGGGCUCUGGAA